GGAACAUGCGGGUUAUCUAUUUGUGUAUGUGUGUGUUCCUGCUUGUGCAUGUGUGAACAUUUGUGUGCACGUGUGGAUAGAGUCCAGAGGUCCACAUUGGGUGUCUUCCCAGUUAGUCUCCACCUCAGCUGCUCUCCAGCUCUGUUUUUGAGAUGGGAGUCUUGCUCUAUUGCCUAGGCUGCCCCAAACUCCUAGGUGGAAAUGAUCCUCUUGCCUCAGUUUCCAGAGCAGUUGGGAUGCCUAACUUGUGCCACUGUACUUGUCGGAAGUCAGAUUAUAAAGCAGCAAUUAAAAGAAAAAUCUCUGCAAUGAAAGCUUGAAAACACACAGUAAAUAUUAGUGGUCUGUUGGUAUGAUUUGGGGCAAGCUAUUACUUUUUUGUACUCGUAGUCUGGUCAAGCAGAUGAUCUCUUUCGUAAUGGAGGAGAAUGGCCCUUUUUGUGUUGCAAUAAAAGACAGCACUUCCAGUGUGCGGUGGACUAGAUUUGUGUUGGAGGCGAGUCCACCUUGUGGCCAGUGAUGGAAGUACAGCCAAAUCUUCUGAAGCCGGAGAGAGCGGAAGAAUCUAAGUAAGGCAUUUCUGAUGCGAGAUGCAAUGUGGAGCUCCCCCACACUCAACCUAUUUGAUCCUAAACUGCAAGGUUGCCCGGCCAUAGGGAUGAGUUUUUGUUGAAAAAAAAAUUUUUUUUCUGCGUUGGUGCUCUUCAAUUUUAUAUCUUUCGAGUUAAAUGUUCUCUUUGACCUGUAAAAUGGCUCUUUGGCAACCAGGACAACUGUACCAUCUUCUGGCCAUGAAGGCAGAUAAAUCUGAUCCUUGGAACACUUUGGUCAGUCUUUGUCCCCCUCCACUCUGGCUCUGAUAAUGUCUCCUCCCUCUGCUGACUCACUUCCAGCUGAGAGAAUUUUAGUCACAAGCUGGCGAUCAUGGCCAUUUCGAGCUUGUCUCCAGUCUCCUGUCUUCCAUUUAGGAGUGUGAGUGCGUGCCUGGGAUAGUGCUGAAAAUCCAGCACGGUGAUGUUACUGCAGUGCAGAGAACGCCCACUCUUUCUGUUUUUAUGCUGCCACCCACUAAUAUUAAUAAUUAAUAAUUUGCUGGAGGAGAAAGAGGUAAAAAGUAGGAAGGCUUAAUUGAAAGUAUGUGUGUGAAAAUGCACUGACUUGUCUGUGCACAGUGUGUGUGUGCUUACUCUAGUCAGGACGAGUGGCAGCUAGAACUGAAAGGGCUUCCCUUCAGAUUCUCAGUUUCUUCUUUGCCUUGUCCCCCUCCCUCCCUUAUGGUCAGUUGUCCUCAAGGAAUCUGUAGCAACGAGGCCUCUAAAAGCCGUUAUGAGUGGUGGGAAUCUGCCCACCUCAAUUCUUGGUGAUCAGUCCUAGGUGCUUUUACCCCAUUCGGAGAACUGAGGCAUCCUAGACCAGCCGGUAUCCAUCAAGGGAUGUGUAUCUGGGGCAAAAGGGCUGCUGCUCCUUUUCAGUGGGUCUUGGUGCCUCCAGCUCUGGGUCAAGUACUCGGUACUUCCACGUACACUCCAAGUGCACACACAAAGUAGAACCCCUCAUCCUUCCCAAGGAAACCCCUAAGCAUGUCAGGUGGGUUUUACAAAGGGAGAAACAGAAACGAUAGCAUUCCAUGGCUGGUUUUUCUUCCUGAGUGCUUCGCGGGAGGGGUAAUAGCUCAUUUCUUCCCCAACUUUUGAAAGUCACAUCCCAGCACCAAAACUCCUUGGGUUAGUUUUCCUGCAACCAGAGUCAAAUCAGUACAGCACAGUACUGGGAGUCGACUCGGCGUUUUUCUUUUAGCAAAGAAGGUAAGAGGUUUUUAGCAUCUUCCCAGGCCUGGGUCUGGGCCAUUAUUUUCACCAAAAUCGCGUCUGAAACCACGCGAUCAGCUGCGGUCAAUUCGCACUGCCCACUCCAGCUCCAAAUUCUGCGACACUUUCCCCCUAGUUGUCAUGCGCCGGAGUAUUGCACCAAGGCUGCCGCAGGACUCUGCCUACUCCGCUACACGAACGCUGCCAGACUCUGCGACUGCGCCACAACAAAGAUGGCUGCGGAGCGAGGCUCAGCCCUCGAGGGGCGUGGUCAAGCGUGCUCCUAGCCAAUGAGCGCUAGCGCCUGGCCGCCGCCAAUCGGAAGGCAGCGCGGGCUCCAGCGCGGGUGUUCCAGUCACUAUGUCGGACUCCCCGGCCGGGGGUCCUGCGGUACGCGGUGGGCCCCUAGGCCUCCGAAAAACAUGGACCGAACUGAUGGCGGGCAGAGUCAAGAAGCAAACAUAUAAUCCUGAAAGGGAACAGAAAUUAAAGGAUUCCGCUCUGCAACUCCUGAGAUACCACCAAAACAUGAAUGACCUUUUACUAGAGGUAGAAGAUCCACAGUGUAAAAAAUUAUGUCUCAGCAAACUGAUUGACCGCGACAGUGCCUCGGCCUACUCUGACCAGUCCAGUUCCUUUAUCCCCUCUGCUUUUCGGGAUCAAGCCUCGGCGCUGGGAGUUCCUGUAGGGAUCCUCUCUGCCAGAGUGUUCGCUCGCAGUGUGCAGCAGGUCUGCGUGGAGUCCAGCCAUCCUGUGCUGCUCAGCUCGGAGCAAAGAAAGAAACUAUCAUCCUUGUUAGAGGUUUCUCAGCAUUUGUUGGCACGUAAUAUGUUCUCCCGCCUCACCUUCUGUCAAGAACUGUGGAAAGCCCAGAACUCUUUGUUGCUUGAAGCUGUGUGGUGUCUUCACACGCACAAUGUUGUGAGCCUACAGGAGCUGCUGCACAGCCACCCUGACAUGCAGGCCAUGACCAUGUGGCUCUUCAGGAACCUAUGCAUUCUGUGUGAGCAGAUGGAAGCCUCCUGCCCACCCUCUGAUACUACUAAAGCCAUGCUUUCUGGUUUUGUGCAACUAUUAGUUUCAAGGGGCUUUCAGGAAAGCUCGGAUCCAAGACCUGUGGAGCCUGAGAAGAUGCCUCAGCCAACAUUUCUAACUUCGGUUCUUUGUGUCCUCAGCCACCCUGACAUGCAGGCCAUGACCAUGUGGCUCUUCAGGAACCUAUGCAUUCUGUGUGAGCAGAUGGAAGCCUCCUGCCCACCCUCUGAUACUACUAAAGCCAUGCUUUCUGGUUUUGUGCAACUACUAGUUUCAAGGGGCUUUCAGGAAAGCUCGGAUCCAAGACCUGUGGAGCCUGAGAAGAUGCCUCAGGUUGCUGCAGAUGUCCUGCAGAGAAUGCUGACUUUUGCACUUGAUACUCUGGAUGCUGAUCCACAGGUGACGUCGGCUUCCCAGACAGUGAGGGGCUGGUUUAGUGUCUACUCUGGACAUAUAUGCUGUGGUACGACGGCAGUGGAUUCUCUGAAGAGGUUCUUCAGUCACACUCUGACUCAGAUUCUGACUCACAAGGCGGUGCUGAAAGUGUCUGACGCUAUUCAGAUGCAGAAAGAGUGGAGCUUUGCAAAGACUUGUCAUCUGCUCACCGCUCUGUACUGCAGGGUUUUUGUGACACUAGGUCCAGAGGAGUCAGUUGGCCGUUUGCAGGAAGUCCUGGAGACACAGGAAGUGAACUGGCAACAUGUGCUGUCCUGUUUGUCUACACUGGUCGUUUGCUUUCCUGAGGCACAGCACCUGGUUAAAGACUGGGUGGCCUGUUUGAUGGCCCGUGCCUUUGAGAGCUACCACCUAGACAGCAUGGUCACUGCAUUCCUGAUUGUGCGCCAGGCCACUCUGGAAGGCCCCUUUGUGUUCCCAUCCUAUGCAGACUGGUUCAAGGAGUCCUUUGGGAGCUCCCUUGGCUACCACAGCUGCAGCAAGAAGGCACUGGUCUUCCUCUUCAAGUUCCUGUCUGACCUGGUGCCCUGGGAGCCCGCUCGGUACAUGCAGGUCCAUAUUUUCCACCCCCCACUGGUCCCAAGCAAGUACCACUCCCUCCUCACAGACUACAUCUCGUUGGCCAAGACAAGGCUUGCUGACCUCAAGGUUUCUCUGGAGAACGUGGGACUCUAUGAGAACCUGUCCUCCUCUGGGGACAUCACUGAGCCUCAGAGCCAAGCGAUGCAGGAUGUCGAGAAGGCGGUCGUGGUGUUUGAACAAACAGGGAAAGUCCCGAUGGCUGUCAUGGAGGCCAGAGCAGAUAAGAUUCCCUCAUCCUUAUACGAUGCCUACCGCCAAGCCUGUGCCACUGCUGAAGAGAAGCAGCCCGGAGAUGCCACCCCAGGAAAAAGGACGGAGCCCGACUGUGCUGAACAGCCCCUGGGACUGCUCAAAGCAGCACUUAAAGAGCUCAGAGCUUUAAUGACAGACCCCACCCAAUAUGAUGUUAUAUCUGCUCAGGUGGCUGUGGUUUCUGAAAGACUAAAUGCUGCUUUGGGUCACAGUAACGAUGAUGGUAGCCUCCGGAGAGCAAAGAUCCAGCUCAGCAUCCUUACUCCCACGCUCCGGACACAGGACCAGGAGGUUGUGGAUCUCCUGCUCACAGCCUUCUGUCAGAACCAAAUGGCAGCCUCUAGUUUUGUGCCCCCGGAGAGGCAGAGCCCCUGGGCUGUCCUUUUCGUGAGGACCCUUUGUGGACACGUGCUUUUCCCUGCAGUGCUCACUCGGCUCUGCCAGCUGCUCCAUCACCAGGGCCCAAGCCUGAGCACGCCUCAUGUGCUGGGGUUGGCUGCCCUUGCCGUCCAUCUGGGCGAGUCCAAGUCCAUACUUCCAGAGGUGAAUCCCGGUGUUCUUGCCUCCACCGGCAGCCUUGAUGUCCCUGAGUUCUUGAACAGCCUCCUGACCUGCCGCACGAGGGAAUCUCUGCUCUUCUGCAUGAAAUUCUGUACAGCAGCAAUUUCCUACUGUUUACGCAAGUUCACUGCACGGCCCCUGGCUGCCUUGCGCAGCUGUUUAUCUCCAGGCCUGAUCAAAAGGUUUCAGUUCAUUAUGCUAAGGGUGUUCUCAGAGGCCAGAGCACCUUGUCCUCCAGAACACACAGCCUCCGUCUCCUGGAGACCCUUGUACCUUCCUUCUGCAGACUGGCAGAGUGCUGCACUCUCUCUGUGGAGAUGGAGCAGCUUCCAAGAGCUGCUGAAGGAAAAGGAAUUUUAUUUAACUUACAGAGAUUGGGUUCAGCUGGAAUUGGAAAUUCAACCUGAAGUUGAUGUUCUCUCAGAUACAGAAAGACAUGACUUCCACCAGUGGGCCAUCUAUGAGCACUUCUUCCCAGCUCCGUCUGCUUUGGGAGGCUGUGAUGGAGACCUGGAAGCAGCGUGCACAGUCCUUGUCAGCGAGCUGAUGGACUUCUACCAAAGUUCAAGGAGUUAUAACCACUCACAGGCCUCUGAUUUGGUUCUUGGUGGCCGCACAGGAAAUGAGGAUAUUCUUUUGAGGCUACAGGAGAUGGCUGCGGACCUGGAGCUGGAUCAAGGCUCUUCUGUCUCCUAUGGCUGUUCAACUUCUCAGACUCACAUUCUCUUCCGGGUGUUCAGAAGACGACUCCAAGCUUUGGCAGGCGGGGACAGCAUGGCUACUAGCCUUCGGAGACAGCGAGAGCUGCUCCUGUGCAAACGGCUUCUCCUCCGCCUGCCUCCAUCUGUUCUUCUGGGCAGUCCCCAGGCCAGACAACCUGUCCCCCCCAGCUGUGAGGAGUUCUUUAGCCUGGUCAGCUCUGAGUUGAGAAACCUCUGUUGCCAUGGCAGUGUCCUGACCCGUGACAUCACCAUCCACUUCUUCAGGGGACUCCUUAAUGUGUGUUUUCGAAGUCAAGACCCAGCAUUGGUGGCCAACCUGAUCCUAACAGAGUGCCAGACCAAAUGUCCCAUGAUUUUGACCUCAGCACUGUUCUGGUGGUCAAGCCUGGAGCCGGUGCUGUGUAGUCGGUGGAAAUGUCAUCAGAGCACACUACCUCGAGAGCUGCAGAGGCUACAGGAGGCCCAGGAGUUCGCCAGCAACUUCCUCUCUGACUCAGCUCCCCCGGCACCCAGCCCGGCCUGGAUCUCCGCUGCUGCACUGCACUUUGCAACUCGAGAAGUGAGCAAGGGAAAUGUCAAGACCCAUCUGAACAGGCUAGACGGCGAGAGAAAGGAGCUACUCCUCUCCCUCCUCUUCUUUUCCCUGAUGAGCCUACUCUCGUCCUACCUGACCCAACAGGACACAGCUGAGUAUCUGAAAGCCAUGGACAUCUGUGCCGAGGUCCUCAUGUGCUUGGGAAGAAGGAAGGUUUCCUGGCUGGUGCUCUUCCAGUUAACAGAGGCAGAUGCCGAGCUGGGGCACCUCCUCCACUUGGCCCCAGAUCAGCACACCAAGCUGCUCCCGCUUGCUUUCUACAGUCUCCUCUCCUACUUCAGUGAAGAUGCCAUCACCAAGGAAGAGGCUUUCCUAUAUGUUGCUGUCGACAUGUACCUCAAGCUGAUGCAGCUCUUUGUGGAUGGGGAAACCAGGACUGUGUUACCUCAGGCCGGCAAAAGCUUGAAGCUCCAAGGCCACGCCCUGCUCCAGGGUAGCCCUGUACAACUGAUAACGGAAGCACGAAUUUUUCUGCUGCAGCUAAUACCUCAGUACCCUAAACAGAGCCUCUCCAACAUGACAGAGCUGCUGGCUGGUCGAGGAGACUAUGACCCUGAGAUGAGCAACGCUCUCCUGCAAAGGCAGCAGACCGGGCCCAGCUUUGAUCUCUACCAGGAGCCUCAUCUGUUCUGACCGUACCCACCUCAGUGCACCAGCCGGCACCUUUGUGAAUAAUUUAUUGCAAGCAUAACAUGGAGCUCUUGUUACACUAGAAAGUAGAUUACAAAUCUCCUUGAUUGCUCUAGUUAGGAAAAAAAUUAAUUAUUCAUAAUUUGUGUCUGGCCUUAAAUUGCUCACUGUCCAUAGGAAAAUAAACUGCUGGUACCACAGCAGGCUGAAGUACACACCAAGCCCACCUCCCUCACCCUGAGAGAGGUGCCCUCCAACAUAAGGCUGCUGGAUGUGAGGUGGAGUACAGCGAGGGGUCCACAGAGCAGGCGGAACUCUGCCAGCAGGGCAGUGAGGCACAGGAAUGUCUUCACACCUCACAUCACACCUGCUGAGUUCAGUCGGCUCAACAUGCUCAGUGUUCCGCCUGCAGUUCUCAGGUAGGCUCAGGCUUCACAGCUUGACCCUCCAUGGUCCCAGAGAGGCUCAGGGGCCCAGGCGGGGGCUCUGCUUCCAAAGGCAGGGCUUUGUCCUGGGUCUGGGUCAGAGGAUGUACCAUGGACAUAUGCACGUUGAGAUUGUGGGCCUUUUCAAACCGCCGGCCGCACUGGUCACAGGCGAAGUCCAGCUCAGUCUCUGCUUUGUGUUUGGUCAUAUGGUACUUGAGGGAUGCUCGUUGCCUGCACUGGAACCCACAGACCUCACACCUGGGGGGCAGAGGCAGGUGAAGUAAGCUGUGCCUUGUCCCAGGCAUAGGAAGUGCCCAGCCCACACUUACUGCAGUGGCUUGGCUCCUGAGUGACGCAUCUGGUGGACAAGAAGGUGCUUCCGCUGCUUGAAGGUCUGCCCACAUUCGUCACAGAUGUAAUUGCGUACCUCUGCAAGACCAGAGGGGUUGUGAGCAGCUAUCUCAAAUCUGCUCCAAGACGGGUGACAGUUAUUACUGCUUUAUAUAACACAAGGAUGUGUCCAAGCAAGAACCUUUGAGAACCAAAUAUUAUUUAAAAUGAAAGAUAAUUCUGUACUCACUCCUAAGUGGAUACUAAAUAAAAAGCAAAGAACAAUCAGACUGCAA